AGCGCGAGUGUGAUGUGUUUGUGUAUCCUCAGUGUUUUUCUCUCUUGCGUGUUUCAUUGAGUGUAAACAGAGUUUUGUUUAAGUGUUAAGACGUUGAUGAUGAGGUGUGCUGUGCUGUAAAUCAGUAGGAACUGAUCUGUUCAUGCUAGAUAUAUUGAUGAUUUCAUCACAGAAAUCUCUCAGCUGAAGAAAGAGGUGGCGUUACUGGAGACAAAGCUGAGGUCAAGAGGAGAUUUAACAAUGAAUCGAGAGUAUGUGGAUUGUUGUGAAUCUUCAGUGUAUGUGACUGAUGAUGGGAGUCUGGAUUCAGUGUGGAUGAGCAGAGAUCAGAGCCGCACACCACAGCCACUGCUGGACUCUAAACUCUCUGAAGAGAAAUCCAGACACACACAGGACUCCGAGCUCAGUCUGAUUUUACUCUGUUAUACUGAGUCAAAGCCCACAGACACUCAGAGCACUACAGUGUGUGACAGUAAACAGAGCUUACAGGAGGAUCAAACCUCCACAGAGUCUCUGGAUUCUGUCUGUAACGCUGGAGAACAGCAGCAGAUCCUGCAGACCAAACUGAAGAUGUGUUCAGUUAAAAUCAUCGACUGCACGAACCUCAUGAUGAAGAUUAAAACUGAACCCACAGAAAUCAAAACUGAACCCACAGAAAUCAAAACUGAACCCACAGAAAUCAAAACUGAACCCACAGAAAUCAAAACUGAAUCCACAGAAAUCAAAACUGAACACACAGAAGAGGAAGAUCGCACUGAGGAAGAUGAUGAUUUCAUUACAUCAGAUGUGAAGAGUGAUUCAUGUUUGGAUAUAGAAAUAACGUCCUCAACAUCAAAAGAGCGACUGACAGCACAAACUCUUUCCUGCAUCACCUGUGGAAAGACAUUCAGCUCACAGAGACAUUUAGAGAGACAUGAGAGAAAACACACAGAACAGAAACUCUUCACCAGAUCUGAGAUCAGCUUUACUACCUUACAAGAGAAGAAACUUCAUUCAGAAGACUACAGAGAGAAGAAGAAGUUUCACUGUGAGCACUGUGGGAGGAUUUGUGCCUCUUCCUAUAAACUAAAUGUUCACAUGAGGAUACACAGUGAUGAAAAGCCUUUCAACUGCACUGAAUGUGGAAAAUACUUCAAAACCAAACAAAAUCUUAAAAUUCAUCAGAGACUUCAUACAGGAGAAAAACCUUUCAAAUGCUCUCAGUGUGACAAGACGUUUUCCUGUUCAGGUCACUUCAAAGUCCAUCAGAGAGUUCAUACUGUAGAGAAACCUUAUCACUGUAUUGUCUGUGAGAAGAGUUUUAAUCAACAGGUUAUCUUAAUAAAUCACAUAAGAAUUCAUACAGGUGAAAAACCUUACAAAUGCUCUCAGUGUGACAUGACGUUUGCUCAGUCAGGUCACUUAAAAACCCAUCAAAGAGUUCAUACUGGAGAGAAACCUCAUCACUGUAGUGUCUGUGGGAAGAGUUUUAGUCAUCGGCCUAAUUUACUUAUUCACCAGAGACUUCAUACAGGUGAAAAACCUUUCAAAUGCUCUCAGUGUGACAAGAUGUAUACUUAUUCAUCUGCCUUAAAAAUCCAUCAGAGACUUCAUACUGGAGAGAAACCUUACAUCUGCGCUCACUGUGGAAAGAGCUUCUAUCAUUCAUCCCAAAUAAUAGUUCAUGAAAGAGUUCACACUGGAGAGAAACCUUAUCACUGUAGUGUCUGUGGGAAGAGUUUUAGUCAAGGGUCAAACUUACUUAAGCACCAGAGACUUCAUACAGGUGAAAAACCUUACAAAUGCUCUCAGUGUGACAAGACGUUUGCUCAGUCAGGUUCCUUAAAAUCCCAUCAAAGAGUUCAUACAGGAAAGAAACCUUAACACUGUAAUGUUUGUGGGAAGAGUUACAAGGAUAGUUUGGCCAAAAAUUAUAUUAAACCCAUGAUUUACUCACCCCCAAGC